UGAUGAAUAUUCUGUAAAAUCACUUCAAUCUGCAAUUAAUGCACUUAAUCAGUAUUUUAAUGUUGCUAAAACAUUUUCUAUUCCACCUAUCUUUGAUUUUGUUGAAUCAUAUGAUAAAUAUUUAGCCAAAUGUCCUCCUGAUGCUGAUCUUCAAUUCUAUCUACAUCCUAUAAAAGGAAUUUAUGUAGAGUCAUGUGAUAUUGAUAUUUCUGGUCGUAAAAUAUCAAACCAAACUAGGCGUAAAACUUUAAUCCAACUUUUAAAAUCUCUUGGUUUAUCUGAUUAUGAAACAAUGUCAAUUUCACACCACAAAUCACAAAAAGGGUUAGUAUCUUAUAAAUGUCCAAUUAAACAUGUGCAAGAACUUGGAUAUCAGGCUUUGAACAAGGCAAUUAGUUAUCAUAAUGAAGAAGUAAAUG